UGGACGUGGUUUGAAAAGAGUGAAGCUCUUUCUCUGCAAAUCUGAUAGGUCUGAAUGCAGGCAGGUCGUUUCCCUGCCAGAAUGACUAGGCUUGGAGCUGGGAUGUUUUUCAAAGUGGUGUCUGUGGGCAAGAGGGCAGAGCUGAGGCAUGAACCUGAAACAGGAAUCUCCGCACCCAGCCGGUAAUGGUCUGUUCAAGCAGCUGGAGAGCAUCAUGGCAACUUUACUAAACAUGGAAGUUCCAAUAAGUGCCUGUCCAGGGCAGCCAGGGGGAGUGAUGUCAUUGCCACGUGUUUCCCACCCAGGCACAAAAGCCUGCUGGAUGCGGGUGCAAUUAAGAGCCAAGUUUAGACAAGAGCGGCUAACCUGGCCAGCUGGUCCCCAGCAACACUAACUUGUUGCUUGUCAAGCCAUCUCUGGAGGCUGUUGGUUCCUUCCAGCUGCCUCUCUGCCUGCUCUGAGCAGGGAUCAGGCUUCUUUGAGGAUGGAGGAAGCCCAUGGGCAGUGGGCAACGCUAACGGAACCAACGAUGACUCUGAAUAAUGUCACCAUGCGCCAGGGCACCGUGGGCAUGCAGCCGCAGCAGCAGCGCUGGAGCAUCCCAGCCGAUGGCAGGCACCUGAUGGUACAGAAAGAGCCUCAUCAGUACCACCACCACCACAGCCGCCACUCCCCUGCCCCCGAGGACCACUGCCGCCAAAGCUGGUCCUCUGACUCCACAGACUCAGUCAUCUCCUCCGAGUCAGGGAACACCUACUACCGGGUGGUGCUCAUAGGGGAGCAGGGGGUGGGCAAGUCCACUCUGGCCAACAUCUUUGCAGGCGUGCACGACAGCAUGGACAGCGACUGCGAAGUGCUGGGAGAAGAUACGUACGAACGAACCCUGAUUGUCGAUGGGGAAAGCGCAACAAUUAUACUCCUGGAUAUGUGGGAAAAUAAGGGGGAGAACGAUUGGCUCCAAGACCACUGCAUGCAAGUUGGGGACGCCUACCUGAUUGUCUACUCCAUCACAGACCGAGCGAGCUUUGAGAAGGCGUCUGAGCUGCGAAUCCAGCUCCGCAGGGCCCGGCAGACAGAGGACAUUCCUAUAAUUUUGGUUGGCAACAAAAGUGACUUAGUGCGGUGCCGGGAAGUGUCUGUGUCAGAAGGGAGGGCGUGCGCCGUGGUGUUCGACUGCAAGUUCAUCGAGACCUCCGCGGCUGUCCAGCACAACGUGAAGGAGCUGUUCGAGGGCAUCGUGCGGCAGGUGCGCCUGCGGCGGGACAGCAAGGAGAAGAACGAGCGGCGGCUGGCCUACCAGAAGAGGAGGGAGAGCAUCCCCAGGAAAGCCAGGCGCUUCUGGGGCAAGAUCGUGGCCAAGAACAACAAGAAUAUGGCCUUCAAGCUCAAGUCCAAAUCCUGCCAUGACCUCUCUGUGCUCUAGGCGCCCAGAGUCACGCAGACGUCCCUUCUAGUGGACGUCGCUGAUGGCCAUUGGGACCAAUAAUCUAUAUUAGAUUGGAUACUUAAGUAUUGUUAGACGUGGCUUCCCCCAUUGCAGCCAGGAACUAAUGUGUUCGCCUCAUGGGCAACAUGAUGCAUGAGAAAGAUCUUUGUAAAAAGUCAGUAUUUAUUUACAGGAAAAGCCUGACCUUACUACUCGAACACCCACAACUCAUUAGAGGAUGUGUUUGGUGUUCACGUGUGUUUUUUCUCUCCUUUGGAUAGCAGAGAAUUGAAGCUUAUGAAAGAAUGCCCAGAACGGGAACUUUUCGUCAUUAAAAUAUCACCCAGUGUUUCAAUAUGUGACUUUGAGGCCAGUGGGUCAUAAACAAAUACAGGACAGCUGACGAGGGGUUUAUGCAAAGGAGGGAGUACUUUCUACAUACCUUACAUCUGUGGAGCUAGACUCGUAGAACUGAACUCAUCAAAAUUGUGACUCUUAUUGCUCCAUCUAACUGUGAAAAGAAAUUGCUGGAAACUAAAGCUUAGCAAACAAUUUUUGUUCAAUGCCCACAGGGUCUUGUAGAAUUGGGAACUGAUACAUGUACCACUUAUAGGUUCAAAAAUUAUAUCUUUACCUAUGUGUCUUAUAGGUUUUUAUUUAGGGGAAAAUUAUUUGAAUCAUAUUCUACUUAGUCAAACCACCUUUUGUGUUUUAUUAUUUUUGCAAUCAUGGAGCCAUCAUAAAAAUAUUUUUAGAUCUGAAUUUGUUGAUAGCCUGGAGUAUAAAAUGUCAAUUUUAAAAAUAUAAGCAAAGUCUGAAUUUUGAUAAAACACAUAACAUAGAAACUUCUAGUACUUUGGGUUGACCCUCGUAUGCCACAGCUCUGCUCUAUUUAUUAUUAUUUUGCAAAAUAACCAUUUUAACAUUUGAUAAGGCAUAUUUAUGAACACAUUUCUUAAUGAGAAAAUAUCCAUUUUAUUACCAUUUUCUAUCUUUUUCAAAAUUAUACAAGUUUUUACCUAUAUGUCUUAUAAUAAAAGAAAUAAAAUCUUUGGAAAAAA